AUGGGCGAGUGGGACGUCCGCGCCAAGACCGAGUUCUUCAGCCACAUCGAACUUAGGGCUGUCAGCGCCCUCGUCACCCGCAGUAUUACGCGGCAGCAUCAUCAACGUAUCGCAAUUAUUACGCUAGAACGCAGCGUGACUUCCGUCCAACGUGAGUUCAAGCAACUGUGUUCUCCCCCACAUCUCGCCCGUUUGUCCCCGGGACGCCUUACAAAGCUACGUAGGUCAGAGGUGCCACUCCACUGGCUGGGGCAAGGAUGCCUUCGGGAAAGGAGGGCAGUUCCAAACUACCUGAAGGAGCGUGGAGCUGCCCAUCAUCCUCCCACCGCCAGUGCGAGGCAGGCCGCAGCGCACCCGCUCGGCCCAACUUCUCCUGCCAAUCGGUACCUCUGCGCCGGAGGAGAAGGAGGCAAAGACGCUUGCAAGGGCGACGGCGGAGGUCCCUUGGUGUGUGACGGUCCCCACGGCGCCGUGCAGCUGUCAGGGCUAGUGUCCUGGGUGUCUGAAUACUGGAAGUCAAAUCCUAGGAAGUUUUGUGAUUUCUGUAAAUGCUGGAUAGCAGACAACAAGCCUAGCAUCGAAUUCCACGAGAGGGGAAAACGUCACAAAGAAAAUGUGCAGAUACGGCUGGCAGAGAUGGGAAAGAAGGGACGGGAGGAUUUUGAGGCCAAGCAAAAUGAAGCUGACUUUCUCAAAUCAAUGGAAGAGGCAGCAUUAAAGGCAUACAAAAGCGACAUUGAGCAGAAUCCCGACAUGACAGGAUCCAAAAUAAGCGAAAUUGCCGCAGCUAGUAAUGCAGAAAUUGUCAUCAAGAAUAAAAAGACAGAAUCAAAAACCAGCAGUAGCAGUAAAAAAGAAUCAUCUGUAAUCAAGAACUGGUAUGAAGCGAAGUCGCCAGAAGGUUACACUUAUUACUGGCACAUUGGAACAGGUGAAUCAAAAUGGGAGACUCCAGAUGAAGGUUACUUAUCCAUAGAAGAACAGGAAAAAUUGAGCACCAAGAGUAGCAAAGGAUCAGAGAACACUACAGCAGCCUCUGCCUCUCUUCCUUGCGGUCCAGUGCAGAAAGCAGAAGCCUUUAGCUCGUGGAAAAAAGUUGAAAAGGAACCAGCCAAGCAGAUUGACUACCAGUUGCCAGAGCUCCCUGAAAAUGAGUACUAUGGUCCAGAGCUGUCCUUCAAACAACAGGAGUCUACUUUUAAGGUGAAGACAGUGACUCUCUCAGCAAAGGACAGAAGCAGUGGAGAAAGUGUAGGAUUCAAGAAGAGAAGAGCAGCCGACGACAUGAAAAAGAACAUGAGACGGAGAACAGAGGAUUUAUAGUUGUUUCCUCCUCUUUUGUCUUUUUCUUUUCUUUUUUUGUCUCCUUUAUUUUAGUGAUUUUAUUUCCAUCCUAUUUGCUCUUUUUUAUUGUCCUUCUUUCAUGCCUAUAUAUAAUUUUCCAUUUUUCCCUUUACUAUAUUCUCUCUUAUUCCUUUUCUUUCUCUGUUUCUCUCUGACUCUUUCUUUUAGUAAACUAUCCUAUUAUGUGAUGGUUAAAGAGACACACAUUGUAAUUUUGAAUAAAAGCCUUGUUGAUA